UUUAAUUAAGUUUCAAACCUACUUUACUUUAAUCAUGCUUUGACUGUCCGGGUGAUAUUUACAAUGUUUCGUUAUCGAUUACACUUGCGACCUCACGGAUAUUGGACUUUACUCGGAAUUCUUACAAUUGUGUGUGGAGCACCUAUGAAUGAUGAUCUUUCCACAGUACAAAAAUUGCAACAUACAAUCAAAGCUAUGGAAUCCUUACUUGAAAAACAGCAACAAAGAAUGUUAUCUGGAUUCGAAGGGAUGCGAAGAAGAGUCAACGCAUUGGAGAAAAUUGCUGAUAAAACAAGAAAAGAAAUUGAACACAGUGCAGACGCAAUAUGUCCUUCGCUGACAGCUCCCAUACAUGGACGAGUGUUGGGAGGUAAAAGGCGAUCACAAGGAGAUCUUGCUUAUUAUGUUUGUGGUCCAGGCUACGAAAUGAAAGGAAAUGAAGAAGUCGUUUGCUUAGAAAACGGGACUUGGAGUGGAAGAAAGCCUGUUUGCUCUGAUGCCACCCCUCUUUCUAUGACUGGCGAACGUAGAAAAUCAGAUUGUGACAAUGUAGAUGGAGAAAUGCACGUGUGUACUUGCCCUGUUGGAUUUCAAUUAUCCAAGGAUCAAACUACUUGUAUAGAUGUGGACGAAUGUGCCAACUUCAGAAAUGGUGGGAAAUGUUUAAAUGAAUGUAGAAAUCUACCUGGAUCGUAUCAAUGUAUUUGUCCGUCUGGUUAUAACGUUGAUAAAAUUCAAGGAUGCAGAGAUAUCGAUGAAUGCGCUUCAGAACAUACUAACAAUUGCAGUUCACCCACAGAAUGUUUAAACACGGGUGGAGGAUUUCAAUGCAUUUCUACGGAUUGUCCUCGACACUACAUAAAAACAGGGGCACGACUCUGCCAGAAGAUGCCUUGCAAACCAGAAGAUAACAUUUGCCACGGACUACCCUACAGUAUUACAUAUUUUCACAUGGCAACGACCUCGAAUAUACGAAUACCAAGCAAAAUUUUCCGAUUAACAACGGAAAGUGGCAUCGACAGAAGUAUAACAAGAUUUGCAGUCGCUCCAGGCAAAGACAGUUUUUAUUUCACAUCGCGAAGAGUCGAUAGAAGAACCGGAUGGUUAGUUCUUUACCAAAAGCCGAUAGGGCCCAAGAAGCUGCAAGUUGAUUUUCAAGCAAAGGAACAUCAAAGAAAUGGGAAGCUUAUUGCAGCCCACGUAGGUAGAGUUACAAUCUACGUUUCUGAAUACGCAUUCUAAACCUUGCAACUGCUUACCUAAGCUGCUGCUGAUCCAUGCUUGAGAUUGAGAGUCCUGUUUUAUUUAUUUCUCAUUUGGUGGAGAAGAGCUAUUGACACUACAGCUAAUCGCUUAAAAUUUGCUGAAACAACCAAGAUACUACCAUGUAUUAAACAUUGGCAUUGUUUAUAGAUAUCGAUUAGCCUCAGUCCAACAAUAGUUUUCAGUGGCUCGAGCAGGCUGACUUUUCAUCCAUAUGUACGUAAAAAUACGGUAGGGAAAUACCAAGUGGUGCUUUGAAUUAUUUGAUUUCGUGAUAGAAGAUAGGACCAGUCGCUGUGUUAUGAUGAAUGAAUAAACUGGGUGCAAAGUGAAGUGCAUAUGACCGUUUUAAAUGGGUUAGAUUAUAUUCAAUCUAAUAUGCCAAUGCUGGGUGUGCUUCUCAUAUACAUGCUAUGUACAACUUGAACGGAAUAUGUUCAAAAAUUAAUAAUAAUCUUGAGAAAAAUGUCGAUAUUUCCGAUUUCAUUUCUAACAGUUUAUGCUUAUCCUAAUUUUAUCGUCUUCACGAGAUGUUUUCAGUAUAUAUUAUUCAAGUUUGCUUUUCAUUAUUUUUAUUUACCAAUUCCAAGUUCUAAAACAAUUUUGAAAUUGGAAGUUUUCUGGCAAAUUGCUACUAUGAUAAUGAUCAGAUAGAUAUUCUUCUAUCAUCUGAGAUGAGGUCCCCAAUCGUCAACGCUAUUCCUAUGCUGAAAUUUUGCCGGUACUUUCAGCUCUUAUCGAUUUCUAUUCCUGACAACUUGGAACGCUUCAAGUCUCGCGCUGACAUCUAUUUACUGAUGUCUCUUUCAAAAAAUAAAAGCAUACCAGGGAGUGUCUUUUAUCAGUAUUGUUUCAAUUUUAGGCAAGGGCUGGUGACCUUGCUUUGAACAACCCUGCAUUAAACGCACUACUAUCGGCACCACAGAGUGAAGACCUGUGCAUAUCCACACUAAAUUAAACUAAAAUAAGAAAGAGUACUUACAAUUUUGAACAUAUAUCGUAGAAGCCUAAAAAUCUUGCAAUCUUCUACCUUCGUUUGUAUCAUACAUCUUUACUAACAACGAUCCAUUUUAAACCAUCAGUAUACGGAGUAUUUUGUGAGUCUUUGAAUAAAUAUAUAUUUAAUAUUAUGAAAUAUUCGUGCACUUGGUAGUCAGAUCAUGGACUUCAGGACUUACGUUUUUGUGUCUGAAUUAUUUUUAUCCAGUGUUCCAUCAAAUUAUUGUUGCAUUUCUUUCUUUUUUUAUUCUUUUGCUCGUUUCUAAAGUAACCCGAUAAACUGCGACGAAAAAUAAAAAAAAUAUUGGCAAA